UUUUUCAGAUAGUGGAAUUACAAUUACAAAUCGUCGUUCACGUUUACAAAUAAGUAAAGUAAAUCAAUUAUUGUUUAUACAUCGAAAAUUGUCAACAUUACGAGAAUUAUUUCCACUAUCAAUUGAACAAUUUAAAAAAAGAAAAAAUAGCAGUUCAACAACAACACCUAUAAAAAAAGGAAAAUAUUCAACAGAAGAUGAUAAUAAUUAUAUGUUAUAA